GUCGCCGCGGUUGUAGUUCGGAGCGACGGGAUAUGGCUGGGCGGGGAAACACUCCUUCAGUUGCGUUCUGUAGGUUUUGCGUGUAAGGUGGCAGGCCAUUAUAUUGCUCUGUCGAACUUGUCUGUACGCUCACUACAACAAUUUAUACAUGUAUACACGUACAGAAAUACCUUGCUAAAAAUAAACCUUAGGUUCCAUACACAACUACCAAAAUCCUUAGCGAGUAAUUACCUGCACAGAUAGACGUUUCUUCCAUUAACGACAGUGUCGAUUUUUCACAACAAAUGAACUGAGUGAGUAAACAUAACCUUGUCGUCUUCAUCGUCAUCCAGUCAGUAUUAUUAGUGAAGUGUUUGUGAAGAAACGCUCGUCGUUGUAUGCAACACGUCUUCUUAAUUUACAUUUUCGUCUCGAUACGAUUUGCCGGCAUUCUUUUCAAAUGACGUACGAAUCCAAACUUUUAUGAAGUUCCUAAGGUACGUUCGUGACGUCAGGCAAUGUGACCUACCUCAACUUUAGAUACAGUUAUUUGGCCGUGAUUAUACAUAAACACACACCACAAACACACACAUACACGUAUGUAUACAGUAUCCUGUUUUGUGCAUGUUCUGUGAAGUGGUCGUCGAAUUGCGUUUAUGAAGGUUCGAUAAUCUCGUCGACAAACGAAAAUAGCCCGCCGAAAACGCAUUCAAGAAUAGAACCAUCACUAUGUCCGCUAAACGCAAGUCAUCUACUGUUAUUCAGCAUCACAAGGAAAAUCUGCCCACUCCAGAACCUGCAGAGUCCAAUGAGGAUGAACAUAUAGGUGGUGGAUCAGCGAGUAUGAAAGACACCGACAAACUGAAACUGAUGUUGUUGGCAUGGAACUACCACAACCAGGCUCAAGGGCCGAGGAAUGGGAGUAGUGACGUUCCCGACUUAUCAUCGUUGCCUGGAGGAGAAGACAUGGCAGGUUUAUGGGCACAAUAUCAUUCGGCUUUAGGUUUAGCAAAGGGAAAAGCGACACCCCCUACGACGCGAGACCAAUCUAGUCCAGUGAAUGCCGAGACAGGGUCAGCCCAUGACGAAACCAGUUCCAGUGGUAACAAAGAAGAUGAGGACGACGAUGAUGAUGAGAGUGAUGACAAAAUUGACACGCAAACCCACGAUCCCGAACGAUUGAAAGCGUUUAAUAUGUUUGUGAGACUUUUCGUCGACGAAAAUUUAGAUAGAAUGGUGCCAAUAAGUAAACAACCAAAAGAAAAAAUCCAAGCUAUUAUCGACUCUUGCACGAGACAGUUCCCAGAGUUUGCCGAAAGAGCGAGAAAGCGAAUAAGGACAUACCUAAAGUCCUGUAGAAGAAACAAGCGCGCUAGAGAUCCAAAUUCAGGAUGGGAUUCAACUCGACCCACACCAGCCCAUUUAACAUCUGUACAAGCAGAACAAAUUUUAGCUACAGCCUGUGAAAAUGAAAGUCAUAAUGCCAAAAGAAUGAGAUUAGGAUUAGAACCAGUUAGUCAACCAAUGCCUGUUUUACCAGGCACAACUACUACCGAUACAAGUGCCCCAACCAGUAGAAGUUUAGACCUUCCCGCAGGAGGAACUCCCGUUAAAUUAGAAAUAGAUUCAGCGUCUGGUGCAUUUCCUUCAUCAACUACACCUUCCUCUACGCCCAACUCUAUUAGCAAGGGAUUAUCACUUACACCAGAUAUUAAACCUACUUCACUGAGCAUGUCAUGCGGGGGUGGAAUUCCCGUCAAUGGAAUAGGGUUAUCAAGUACACCUGGCGCAGCACCCACGGCUAUGUACCGCCCCAAUUUUUCUCAGGCAUUUCAAAGAGCUGGCCCAUAUCCUUUGUUUCCGGGACAGCCGUUUACUACCGGAGCACCACUGCUAGCAAAUGGGCCUACUGAUUUAAGUAUGAAGCAGAAACCUUUACUUAAUCACAAAUUAAGCGCAGCAGAAAUGUCAGCGGUUCGUCAGUUGAUAACAGGGUAUCGUGAAUCCGCAGCGUUCUUGCUUCGAUCAGCGGACGAGUUGGAGCAACUUCUACUUCAACAACAAUAACAUAUUCUUUAAAUUUCAAGUAAAAAAAGGCAACAGUUAAGUGUUUAUGACUAAUUUCUUUUAGAUAAGGAACCAAUUUAAUUUUUAAUUACUGUAAUCAGUAAACGCGAAACACAUUAUUUCCUGUGGAAACGUUUAAUGUCUUUUGAUAGUCCACAAAAUAUGCAUAUUUGUGUAUAAAUAUAUCUGUACACUAAGCACCAAACAAUUUACACCAAAGAUUCUGCGUAAUAUUUAUUUCUCAAAAUUUUGACUUCUACGAGUUUCUAGAAUCUCAAAGUUAUGAAAAGAAUGACAUACUGACAAAAAAAAUAUUUGGUGACAAGUGUGGUGCUGAUUGUAUAUUAUUGAUGCAAUUUUUUAUUUUCGUUUCUCUUUUGAAAUCUAUUUUGUCUAGUCUAUAUUAUAUUUAAUUUGAAGGAAGUGACUAAACAACCGGCCGGUUGGAAUUCUAGUGUCAAGAACUAAAACAACCGACCACUUGGUCAUACAAGUUCUGAUACUUUAGCUCAUAUAAUCGAACCAAUACGUGGUUCAUUGCUCACCCAUCUCACUAACCGGCUCGGGUUCUAACCCCCGCCGAUCUUAUGCUUUCUUCAUCUGAAUUCAUGUUUAUUUUUUACUAAUCUCAUUUUUCUUUCAAAUGUUAUGAUAUACUUGCAGUUUCUUAUGGUUAGUUUAGGUUGCCAUGAUUAUCUCCAAUUGAAUAUAUGUAUAAUUAAAUCGAAAAAGAAUAAAAUUUAGUUUUGUUCCGAACGACAAACAGGCGUUGCUGCAGCUGCGCUGACUUACUAUUGAUUAAUAAUAUCCUAUAAAUAUAAAUUACCGAUUUAAGCAAAUCAAGUUAAACCGUUUUACCUUCUUUCUUUAGUAAUUUAUUUAAAUCCCCCUGAAUUUUUUACCCUUAACACCGGACGUCCCACUGGUAGGUUGUGUAGUUGCUUCCUAAUUUAAAACGUUAAUGCUACUCUGAUAUAUUUUUGAAUUGAAGAUGGAGCGGUUGAAACCACAAAUUGGAUUUGAAAAAUUCACAAACUUUCAUGUACAAAAGAAAAUAAUGUUUCCUAUAAUAUAUAUUAUCUACUGAUGUAAGUAAACUUAUAGCUGAAAAAAAAUACAGGGAAAUGUAUUUAGACUACUGUUGAAAUUUAUAAUGCAAAAUUUUUAUUAAUUAAUAACUAUACCAAAGAGAAUUAAUUGUAAAUAUGUCUUCUAUUUGUGAGAAUCCUUCUAUAUACAAGUGCAACUAUAAACAGUCUUUAAUGUAGCUUUAUUAUUAUUUUUUUAUCGACUUCAUGUUAAGUUAUUGUUCAGGUUAAUUAAAAAUGUAAACUCAAUUUUUUGCUAUAUGUAUACAUUUGUUUUUAGUCAAGCUUUUGAGUGAUUAUCGUAUAGUCGAAUUAGAUUUCCUUUUCUUAAGAGAGCUAGAUAUCGAUCAAAACAAGGAGUUUACAUUGAUCUGAGCAAAUAUUUCUGUGAUUGUUACAGUAAAUGUAAAGAAAAUUGAAAAUAAAUUUAAUUUUUUGUAAACGCUA